CAGUUUGUAGAACUUUUUGUUAAUUUAACUUUAAUAAAGUAUUUAAUUGCCCAUGUCUUUCCUCUAUGUUACUUGUGAAUUUCAAAUAUUAUUGAUCAUCUGUUAGCGCCAAAUGUUGAUCAACUGAAAACGCCGACCACUCUAGGCGCAACACAUGUGGCAACUAAAUGUAGUCAACCAUGCGAGACACACUGCUAGCCUAACAUUCGUUUUGCUCACAUGAAUGCCAGCAGAUUCGCUCACAGAAACGUGACAAAUAAGCAGCAUGCAAUGCUACAGGUAAUACCCAAAACAAACUUUUGUAAGCUGGUGAAACAGUUAAUCGUUAAAAAUAAUCCAAAUAGAGUAAAGCAUCACUUAUAACAUUCCAACACGUGACUGUUCGAGUGCUAUGUCAAUGUUUUCAAUUCAUCAAACUCAUAAAUGUCAAUGUCAUGAUCACAUGCCUGCCAACAGGAUGAGUCACGCGGCUUUUUGUACAUAAAUGUUUUGCUUAGCUGUUGUAACACAGUGACGACAAUACGGAUAAAUGAAGAAGACGUGUGGAUUUUAUACAGAACUAGUGUUUACUCCUGAACAUAAGUACGAGAAUAGUAUAAUACAAUUCGCGAGAAUCUAAUAAUUGGUGACACAAUGCCAGUUGCAAAUGCUGAAAGAAUUUGGAGAAAUCAAAAUUUCAAAAUUAUACUUUUUAUGAAAUUCUUAUCUUUCUAAGCAUCAAGUUAAUGUUAAUGCAAUUUAAGUGUUCCGUGCGAUUGCAGAUUGGUUAACAGUAAAGGUGUCACGUUUCGUGCUUUCUGUUCAGAUUGGCAACACACCGUUAUUAAGAAAGUUAUUUUGAUCUUUUCUUUGGCUUGAUCUGUUGUUUGUUGUUUAGCUUCCAGACAACAAGGAUGAAACUGUAUUUCUACCUCACCGUGUUUAACAUGGUCUUAAUAAACACUCAAAAGACAAACAAUUACUCGUCGGUUGAUGUUUAUGGGCCCUACUUCACCGAUCUGCUCACCGCUGUGGAAAAUGUGUCCUUGAACGCAGUUCUUCAUACGACUACCAGCCUGUCCAUUCUCCACUGCAAUGAGUUCUGCAACGGUACAACGGUCACAAAGAUCGUAGACCGCGGGUGCUCGUCAUCCAUCCCCAUCUGCAAAACAUGUCGUUGUGAUACUGACUGUGAAGAAUAUGGCGAUUGUUGUCCAGACGAGAGUUUCAAUAUGACGAUGACAAGGGAAAAUAGACAUGUUUGUGUCAGUGGAAUAAAUAAACAAUAUUCCUUCAGUGGUUCCCACACUGGAUACUACUUAAUAACUACAUGUCCGGAUGAAUCCAAUCGCAAUAUGUCUGCUUCCCAGAUAUCAGGAGAAGACAUUUCUCCAGUGACAUCGACGACAACAAAUAUCACGUACUUGAAUGAAAUGAUCGCCGAAUGUUAUGGCGAUAAUAUUAUCAUCCGAUGGGAAAAGGAAAAUGUAUGUGACAAGUACCCAUCUCAGCCAAACAUCAACGAAAGCCCAACAGACUGUUUGACUUUUCAUCCACCAUCUGAUCCACUACCCAGAUCCUGUGACACUAAUUUCGCUGAUGAAAAGUACAUAGACUCGUGUAACCAGACAGGGUUGUGGGAUGGUUCCUUCUCUGAGAUAGCCGAGGAGCAAUGUAGACAUGGAAUCUAUUACCCAGUUGCUACGGGAAAGUACGCAUUCAAGAAUAUCUUCUGUUACGUGUGCAAUGGACUCACACCAUCUGCUUUCAAGUGUGUGCAGCAGAAUUCAGGUGGAGGGUAUUCUAUAAACUCACUCGUUUGUACACACUGUGAUCGGCAAAAGUGUAUGGAAAAUGAGUGGUAUGACUGGAUCAAGAAUGAGUGCCGUGCCAUGUUAUGUCGAUCAGGGUACUAUCUGAAGGGUGGAAAAUGUCAGUUAACAGAUGUCGGAUUGUCAAGAGUUGAGUACCAAUUUGCAGUCCUGUUUUGGCCAACUGGAAACAACACAUCCGACCCAAGACUCCAAGACUGGAAUUUCAUCGAGCCAAUGGUUGUCCGUAAUAUACCAUUAGUUGCAAAGAAGUAUAAUAUGACCUAUUACAUGUUUUCUGUUUAUAUAUACUUGUGUACAUUAACAUUGAUAAUAGUUCCAAACCUGUCAGUGUGCCAUCGUUUGGACUGACAUUGACGUUCAGGACGAACCAAACGUGUUGUCGGGAUGCGUUUGAGGAAACCAUGGUGGCGUUGUUGGGGGAUAUUUGGUCGAUGGAGUUUAAUGGUUCGGUGUUUCAGUUUAGACUCUCUCGGGAUGAUUUUUAUACUUAUGGCGUAUCAAAGAGACAGUUGUACAAGAUGCAUCCUCCCUUCACCAGUCCACAGAAGACGGAAACGUACGAUAGCUUCCCGUCGGAGCUUGUUGAAACGCCUGAAGAGUACGUUUACUUUCCUACGGUUUUGCCAAAAUGCCCAUACGUUCAUCUCCCUGGAUAUGAAUUUAAUUGGAACACUGAUUCAUCUAUCUCUCUUCAGUAUGCUGACAUAGCAAUCAAUCAUGAUAAAUUCAUUGAAAUAGACGAACACAAUUUAAUAAUAUGUGUUGACACGAUAGAAGAGGUGUAUUCCAAUUACCAAGAUCCAGUCAAUCUGGCUGAAAAUAUUUUAACGAUAGUUUUCUCUAUUCUGUCCUUGAUCUGUUUGGCCUUGACUUUCAUCACAUACUGUACGUUCCCUUCCCUUCUUACCCUACCAACGAAGAAUACGAUGUGUCUGGUCGCGUUUCUCUUCUUGGCUCAGUUGCUGCUCCUGUUUAAGGAUAUGGCUCUCCGGAAUGAAACUGCUUGCAAAAUAAUCGGCGUUCUCCUACAUUACUUGUGGCUCACAGUUAUAUUGUGGAUGAACGUCUGCUCCUAUCACAUGUUCCACGUCUUCGUCGUGGAUGCUGCAAAACCGAUUGGUACCCAAGGUCAUCGUAGUCGUCUUGUGAAAUACUGGCUCUAUGCCAAUGGAUUGUCUCUUCUCAUUGUUCUCAUUACAAUAUUUUCCAAUAUCGGCAUGUCUUCCGGAAGCCAUAUCGGCUAUGGUGUAAACACCUGCUAUCUGAGUACGUCUCUUCUCGUCGGUGUUGCUUUUGUGGUUCCUCUAAGUAUCGUCCUCGUCAUGAACAUCAUAUUCUUCAGCGUCAGUGUCUGGACAAUGGCCAAGAUCAACAAAAUGAGUGCAAGUAUAAGGGUCGACAAGAGUCAGGUGCACAUCUACAUUAAGUUAUCCACACUGACUGGGAUCUUUUGGAUCCUGGCAAUCCUUGGCGAUGUUCUCCAGCAACAAUUCCUAAUUUACAUCUCCAUCGUCCUAAACGCCGGUCAGGGGAUCUUCAUCUUUAUCUCCUAUAUGGCAAACAAGAGGGUUCUUCAACUGUGGAGAGGCAAACUUUACAAAUACGUACCUACUGCCAAAAGUCAAUCUCAAAACCAAACCAACUCUACAAAUGUUUGAGUAACGAGACAAAACGUCCUUUUUUGCCAUU